AUAGGUAUCGUGGGUCGUACUGGGGCUGGUAAGUCCUCUAUGACACUGUGCCUGUUUCGGCUUCUGGAGGCGGCUGGAGGAGAGAUCACCAUCGACGGGGUCAAGAUAUCAGAGAUAGGACUGCAUGACCUGAGAUCUAAACUCACCAUUAUACCACAGGUACAUACACACACACACACACACACACACACACACACACACACACACACACCCUACACUGUCCUCACCUCCACCUUCACUACCCUCUCUCCCUCCCCAGGAGCCAGUGUUGUUCUCUGGCAGUCUUAGGAUGAACUUGGACCCCUUUGAAAAGUACAGUGACGGUGAGGUAUGGAAGGCUCUGGAACUAUCCCACCUCAACAAGUUUGUCAGCAACCAGCCGAAUAAACUGCAGCUGGAGUGUUCAGAAGGAGGAGAGAACCUCAGGUAACUUAAUCGUAACCACUUAACAACUGCAUGCUUUGAUACCCAUUUGCAUUCACACAUGUUUGCACCUGUACAAGGCCUUUACCUGUAUAUUCAGGUGGGAAUUAAACACCGAAAACAAAACUAAGAACAUGUGGAAUACAAACAUGUCUUUAUUAGGAUUUUCUCUUAAGAACGUAUUCCUUCUCUGAAUCUUUCUUUUAGCUUUUUAUACCUUUCAUAUUUUACUCUUCUCAAAAAUAAUGUAAUGCCUUUGUGUGUGUUCAGUGUGGGCCAGAGGCAGCUGGUGUGUUUAGCCAGGGCUCUACUGAGGAAGACGAGGAUCCUGAUCCUGGAUGAAGCUACAGCCGCCAUCGACCUAGAGACCGACGACCUCAUCCAGUCAACCAUCAGGACACAGUUUGAGGACUGCACCGUCUUCACCAUUGCUCACAGACUCAACACCGUCAUGGACUAUACUAGGUAAUGUGCAAUACAUUACACAUGCGCACACGCAUAAACAGACAGACAUACACACACAAAUACUUAUUUUGAUCUAAGAUUACAUGUUAUUGUGUUAGGUCAUAUUCUCUCCAGAAACCUAAAACAGUUAUGAAAUAUUCUACUAAUCCCUCUUCACCUCUUUGCAGAGUGCUGGUCUUGGACAAGGGACAGAUAGCUGAAUUUGACACUCCUACAAACCUCUUAUUCCAGAGAGGAAUCUUCUAUGGUAUGGCUAAAGAUGCAGGACUGGCACAAUAG